CCCUCUCAAUAAAUUGACACAAAACCAAAGUACCAAACAACAUUGAACCUAAACGGCUAAACGAUUCCCUUUUUUUUUUUUCCUACAGUUUUAUCGCUGAGUACAGAUAACUGGUAAGAACUGAUAGAUCUUGUUCUCAGCCUUCUGCCGGCAAUAGUGAAGAGUAGAAUCAAUCUUGUGCGAUUAAAUGGAUAAGGGAAAAGCAAUAAUGGGUUCGGGUCGUAGAUGGGCCGUCGAAUUCACUGAUAAUUCUGCUUCCCCUUCAUCGCGAGAUAUCCCUGACCCUCCUGGCUUCACUCGCUCAUCUCAUGAUCAGGAUGAUUCAUCGGUGAGUAAACAAAAGAAGGAUUCUGAAGCCAAUUGGAAAUCCCAGAAAGCAUGGGAGGUGGCACAAGCACCUUUUAAGAAUUUGAUGAUGAUGGGCUUCAUGAUGUGGAUGGCUGGGAGCACAGUCCAUUUGUUUAGCAUUGGUAUAACAUUUUCAGCCCUGUGGCAGCCGAUAAGUGCUCUUCAAGGAGUCGGAAAAGUUUUUGAGCCUUACAAGGACAAUAAAGUGGACCUUCUUGGACCAAAAUUGGCAUACAUUGCCCUUAAUCUGGUUGGUUUAGGGCUAGGUGUAUGGAAGCUCAAUUCAUUGGGCCUUCUUCCAACUCACGCAUCAGAUUGGGUUUCAUCCUUGCCGCCUGCUCAGGAGGUCGAGUAUUCUGGUGGCGGUUUUCCUCUGUUCUAAACUGAACCGUGCACACUUCCAAAUUUCCUUGCAGCGCUUCUGAAUGAAUGGGUUCUUGAAGUAUGGUGAAUUUUGCUCACCACCAUCGGUGUUCAAGUUGCCGGAUAUGUUUCCUUUAUUGUCAUCCUUCUGUGAUUUAAAAGUCCAUCUGGCAGGAGCAAUUUAUGAAUUUUGUUUGUAAGGGCUUCAGAUUUGUUCUCUGAUGACACCAUUAUUUAUUUCCUAAUUAGAUCUUAAAAUAACAUUGUUAAGGCAAUUUAAGAUAAUCUUUUGGAUCCCUAAGCUCAAGAAUUUGAAUGCACGUAGUAGUUAUCCUUUCUAGCA